UCUCGCCUGAAGAUGGCGGGACGUACGGAGCUGCGGCAGGCUGAGGAAGUGUAUGAACGGUUACAGAAGCUGUCCUGCCUGCCUUUGAAGGGCAUGUAUGUAUCCGGCUCACAGAAUAUACACGAACUAUUAUGUACCCCCUCUGUCAUUCGCCUUGGCGUCUUGGAAUGGCUCUGCACAAGGGUUUACCCUCCACUUCAAGAGCAGUUCUCCACUUUAAAAGAAUUUGAAGGAGAAAUUAAAAUAAAAGAAAUGGCGAAACUUGGCUUUGAGCUGAUGCUGUGUCAGGAAGGAGACGUUGAUCUAAUAAAGGGACUUGUACCAUCAGGCAGACAACUCCUUUUCAUGGCAAAUUUACUGGAUAUUAUUCAGAUGGCCCCCAGUGUAUCCAGGGAUUUGAGGUUGGAAUGCUCCUCUCAAAUCGUCGACGAAGCUUUUGCUGCUUGCGCAUAUGAGAACGAAGACCUCCUGAAUGAGAUUUUCUCCAGCCCCCACUUCCAGGCAACCCUCACUCCGGAGUGCAAUCCUUGGCCAGCCGACCUGCAGCCUUUACUGCUGAAAGAAGAACUGCAAGAGGGUGUAUAUCAAUCUGACCAAAAUAAUGAGAACAAUCAACAUUUAGAGGAACUGCAGAAGAUUUCUACCGAACUUCAUGAUCUUAAAGAAGAGUGCACCUUCCUCCGCAGCCCCGUGCCAGCCAGCGAAACCGUCGUACAGACUUUGAAGUUAGCGACGACCGACUUCCAUCAGCUCAUUGCAACUUUCACUCGGGUGUACGAGAAUGAAUUUCAGGAGCACUGCAACCACCCGGCACCUCGCCUCAGUCCCUGCGGGCCUCUCUUCCGAUCCGUCCAUCGCCUGCUGGAAAGCUGUAGUAAGGAACUGGAGGCUGUUGCCAAGUUUACAACAACAUCAAACACCAUAACAGAGGUGGUGAGAAAAAGACAACAAGCUAAAGAGUCCUGGGGAGGAGGCAGCUUGGCAACUCUACAUGAGAAGAUAAAGGAGCUAAAACACAACUAUGAGCUGUUCCUGAAUUCCCUGCAAUAG